GAACAACACCACCUCCAUCCGUUAGCAACUUUUAUUUUGUAAAUCUACCGGAAGUAGAGUCAUUACUGCACUGCAGAUUACAUGGUCGCCGUUGCUGUUAGUGGAGCUCUGCUGGCCUGAAGAUGAAUCGGAUCCGUAUCCACGUCCUGCCGUCGAGUAGGGGGAGGGCGGCCCCCCCGGCGCGGCCCGUGGAGCCCCAGACGUGUUCGUACGGCGUGCGCCCCUGCUCCCAGCCGCGCCUGGAUGGCCUGGAGUUCUGCAUCAAGCACGUGCUGGAGGACAAGAGCGCCCCCUACAAGCAGUGCAGCUACGUCUCCAACAAGAACGGCAAGCGCUGCCCCAAUGCCGCUCCCAAGCCCGAGAAGAAAGAAGGGGUGGUGUUCUGUGCAGAGCACACCCAUAGGAACGCGCUGGCUCUGCAGGCCCACCUGCGGAACAACGCCUCCACCGGGCCCUCCGCAGAGCUGCUCCUCUCCCAGCUGGCCAGCCACGGACAACGCAACAACCAAGAAGCCUACAACCAAGACACCGCCGAUGUGUGUACAGAUGAGGACAGCUGGAGUGAGGAGGAGAGGGACCCCGUGGUUCUGGACCAGACGUGGAGAGGGGACCCUGACAGCGAGGCGGACAGCAUCGACAGCGACCACGACGACCCACUCAAGCAUGCGGGUGUGUACACGGCAGAGGAGGUGGCUCUGAUCACGCGGGAGAAGCUGAUCCGGCUGCAGUCCCUCUACAUCGACCAGUUCAAGCGCCUGCAGCACCUGCUGAAGGAGAAGAAGAGGCGCUACCUGCACACACGCAAGCUGGAGCACGACAACAUCAGCAGCAGCUUAUUGACGGGUCCUGAGGGGCUGUCGGUGAAGGAGCGUGAUAACCUGCGUAAGCUGAAGGCUCUGAGGAGGUAUCGCUACAGGUACGGCGUGGAGGCGCUGCUACAUCGCCAGCUGAGGGAACGACGACAGGCCCUCACCGACGGCACAUCACAGGUCCACUGUUUCCGUCUGAGCCAGAGGUGCAUCUCCUUUGUGGAGGGCACGCGCUGCAGUAACCAGUGUCUCCCCAUGACCAGGCACUGCGUAUCUCACAUCUACCAGGACAGUAGCCAGGUGCUGUUCAGACUGUGUCCGGGGCUGAAGGACAUGCCGUGCGAUCGGCCCGUCCACAUGGGCCAGUCUGAGGAGCCCCACUGCCCGCUGCACAUGUCUCUGCCCCCCUCCAUGUACCGUCAGGAGGAGGCCCCCCUGGCCCAGUCGCCGCUGCUACCCACGCCCUCCGAGCUCUACCUCAGCACCGCCGAGCUGCAGCCCACAGAAAACCUGCCUCUGGAGUUCAGCGAUGACUUGGAUGUGGUUGGUGAUGGUCUCCAGUGCCCACCCUCACCCCUGCUGUUCGACACGGCGCUGGCUCUGGAGGACCAGACCAUCCGGGCCAUCGCCGAGGCACCCAUGGACAUCCUCACGGAGGUGGAGUCCUCCGAACUGGACGUCGCCGACGCAGACGCCGAAGGAGAUCUGUUCGAGAAGGAGCAAGACUCGGCCGAUAAUAAGGCUCUCUCUGGGACCAAGGAGACAACAGAGCAAGCAGAUGCGGCCCCUCAGCACUCUGCACAGGGCCUGCAGGACAGCGGACAGCAGCCAUAGUGGCAAGCAGAUGCGGCCGCUCAGCACUCUGCACAGGGCCUGCAGGACAGCGGACAGCAGCCAUAGUGGCAAGCAGAUGCGGCCCCUCAGAGCUCAGCACAGGGCAGUGGACAGCAGCCAUAGUGGGGUCAAAGACGUCUUUGUCAUUCAGUGUCACGGACACCUUCCGCCGACUGUAACUGCAAAAAAACACGAUUUUUAAAUUGUUUCAAGUGAAUGGAUGACAGCCGAGGCUUUCAUGAAUUCCCUGUAACAAUAAAUAAAUAAAAAGAGUCAAGUUUUUUACAGUUACAGUCAGCAGAAGGCAUCCGUUACACUGAAUGUCAAUGCCAUUUUGUAUGUCUUUGACCCAGUGGCAAGGUGCAGCAGCCAGCAAGUAGCACAUGGACCAGAUGAAACGGAUGGAUGCACUUUCACCCAGUGCUAUUUGUGUCCCGCCUGCUGUGUCGGCACACACAAAAAAAACGUGUUCCAGUUCAGUUUUUGGACUUCCAAGAGAUUACAGUUGCUCUUGUGUUUGACAUGUAAACUUACUUUUUUUCCACAUUAAAAUGCUGUUGAAGUGUGAAAA